UUGGCACCACGCUUACCCAACCCAACUCCAGCCUAGACAGACACAGUCACCAAAUCGAUGCCAACACCCUCUGAUUGUUUCAAUUGAGAAGAAGAAGAAGAAGAAGGUGUUGUUGAUUUCAUCGAGAGAGAUAGAUAUGGCAUCAGGGUGGGGUAUUACAGGGAACAAAGGGCGGUGCUACGACUUUUGGGUUGACUUCAGCGAGUGCAUGUCUCGAUGCCGUGAGCCCAAGGAUUGUACUCUUCUCCGGGAAGACUACCUCGAGUGCCUUCACCAUUCCAAAGAGGUCAUUCUCUCUUAACUUUCUUUUUUCUCUGCAUAAUUUCUUAAUAGUUUGAAUUCUUAACUCAUUCA